GGUAUAUAAAAUCUAUAAUACUUUAAAUAUAGAUAUCCUGUCCAAAAAAGUCGCUACAAUAAAGAUUCCCAUUCGUCACUCUUGAAUAUAUCAUUCUAUUUCUAUACGAUAUAUAUAAGGGAUAGAGCCUCACAUAUAAUAUGAUACCAAUAAUUACUAACUAUAACAAAAAUAAACUUAUCAAAAGAUCAGAUGAUGUACGCUGACUCAUGAAGACGAAGAUCGAGUCGACGAGAGAAGUAAUACGUGUAGAGAUCUGAUUGGUUGACCAGAGUACAAAACCCACACACACAAAAAACGAAAAUGGGGAGGAUGACGUGGUUCGACGUCGACGGGAUGAAGAAAGGAGAGUGGACGGCGGAGGAAGACAUGAAGCUCGUCGCUUACAUCAAAGAACACGGUCUCGGCAACUGGGGUUUAUUGGCUAAGAGAGCCGGUCUGCAAAGAUGUGGAAGGAGUUGUAGGUUAAGGUGGAUGAAUUAUUUGAGGCCUGGGAUUAAAAGAAGCAAGUUCACUCCUCAGGAGGAAAAUGAAAUCAUCAAGUUCCAUGCUCUUCUUGGAAACAGGUGGGCAGUAAUAGCUAAGCAAAUACCGAACCGAACAGACCAUGACAUAAAGAAUCAUUGGAACUCAUGUCUUAAGAAAAGACUAGCUAAACAAAGAAUCGAUCCAAUGACUCAUGAGCCAACGUUCCUCACCGUCGACGAAGCCACCUCCUACCCAACUACGUUGCCAUCUCCGACACCGAGCACUUCUUCUUCUUCUUCUUCUUUUUCCUCCACAGGCUCUGCACGUCUCCUUAACAAGCUCGCUGCUGGUAUCGCCUCGAGAAAAUACAUACUCGACAGGAUCAAGAUGGUGAUAUUGUCUGAACAACCAGGAGAAGCCAGUGAUAAAGAGAAAAUGCUGAUAACCAUGGACGAGAAGGAUUUGAUUGCUUGUUUUAUGGACAUUGAUGAGAAGCUGAGUACGGCGUCGUUUUGUGAUGACUCUACUACUGCUACGUUGACUGGCCUUGUGGCUUUUGAUGACUUUACUCAAUAAUUGACCCGUAUUUGUAACACUAGUAUCCCAAAAUAACACCACAAAGCAAGAGAGACUUGCCCAACCACUCAAAAAUUCACACCUGGUGAAGUGGUUAUUAAUCGAAAGUUAAUAACAAAAAUGAUGCUCUCAA